AUGCCUCGCGCCCGUAUUAUCCGUGACAUGAAGGCCAGGGCCACCGUGGCCUCUUCAGAAGUCGUCCGCCAGGCCUUCCGCUACUUGACCCACAACACCGCCCUCCCUGCCAAGGUCCGCGCCCAGGCACAGCUCCAGCUCAACGCCUUCCCUCGCGAUGCCCGCCCCACUGCUAUCCACAACCGUUGCCUCGAGACCGGCCGCGGUCGUGGUGUCCUCCGCGCCUUCCGUCUUUGCCGAUUCCAGUUCCGUCUGAAGGCCUUGGAGGGCGAGCUCCCCGGUGUCAGGAAAUCCACUUGGUAA